AAUAUCAAGUCGACAGAGUGUGAAUGUCCUAAGGGCGCUUUCAAGUGCAGUCAUGCCGCAGCUGUGUUCAUUUACGCCAUACAUCAUGUAAGUCGUACGGACAUCGAAUGUCGAUGGAACAAGCCAAAAAAGCCAACUUGCCCUGCAGUUCGGGACGUCACUGAGAUGUUUCCUCCUCCGAAACAGUACUGUGCUCUAUCGAGAGAACCUACGCAAGCAGAUCGUUCAUCCAUUUACCGAUCGUUAUGUAAAUAUGGAAAGUUCACAGGACUAUGGUGGAUUCUGAGCCCUGAACCUGAACCGGUGACGUUACCAAUGCUUACAAUCGAAGAAAUAAUUUAUUCUGAUGGCUUCCUUCAAGCCCAUGGAAAGGAAGAUCAGCUCUCUUUUUUAAGGAAAAAUGCAAAAUUCAAAGUAGUACUAUACAAGAAAUAGCAAAACUCACAGUGGGUCAAAGAGAGAAUCCAGCAUGGUCAAUGCUUAGAAAGGGAAGACUCACAGCUAGUAAUUUUGGUCCUGUCUUAGCAGCCAAGAGAGUUUCACAAUCACUCUUGAAAAGACUCAUGGGCGAGUAUGAUUUAUCUGGAGUCAAAGCCAUCACAUGGGGAGUCAACAAUGAAAAAGAAGCUGUGAAUGCAUUUGAGAUGUCAAAUUGUUUAAAAGUUGAACCAACAGGAAUUUGGUUUGAAGAGUCAGGUAUUCUUGGUGCCACACCUGAUGGUCUAGUU